AUGGCAUCAGACUCCGCCCAGGCGGGUCAGGUAUCCGUCCUGUUCGUAUGUCUGGGAAACAUCUGCCGCUCGCCAAUGGCGGAGGGCGUGUUCCGGCAUCUCACGGACUUCGGCACUUCCAAGCAGCAUCCAUUGAUCAAGGAGGUCGACUCCUGUGGAACCGGUGCUUAUCACGCCGGUGAUAGACCAGACUCCCGAACGCUGUCUGUCUUGGAGGACAAUGGCUUGACGAACUACAAGCACAAGGCUAGACGAGUGAAGGUGCCUGAGGAUUUCGAGCGUUUCGACUACCUGCUGGCCAUGGAUGAGAACAACUAUAUCGAUCUGCGGGAUUCGGUCAAAAGAGCGCAAAAUAAGGGUAGUCUGGGAAGUGAUGCGCUGGACAAGGUGUACAUGUAUGGCGAGUUCGGUGGAAAGAACAAGAAGGAAGAGAUUGUGGAUCCUUGGUAUGAUGGAGGAAGAGAGGGGUUCGAGGUGGCAUAUGAGCAGGUGUCGAGAAUGGGAAAAGGGCUCCUGAAGCAUAUCGAAGAGCGGGCUAAGGCUGCAGCAGAUGGCAAGAGCGAGCUUUGA